CUGGGCUGUGUUCAGCUUUUAUAAAACCAUCCUCUUCUUCCCUCUGGUGAUACCCUUCUCUCCUCUAUUAUCUCGCCUCAUCUCAUCUUUCCCUUUCUUACGUUCGCGUCAUUUUCUAUCUGUCGCGUUUCGUUCUACUCACUCGAAUAGAGUCAUUCGCUUACAACAGCACAGCACUCGUUCUGCUAGCUCUACGUCAUAUUCCGAUUCGAUCUCCGACACUCAGGGUUUACAUCCUCCGCAUACCUAAAAACAACCCCCCAAAAACUACACCACACACGGCAACAAUGGGCGUCGGUCGAUUUUUCUGCGUGUUAUUGCCGUUCGUGCUCACAGUCGGCUCCAUCAUCUUCCUACUCGUCGGUGCUCUCGCUGGUGUCGCCGACAAAUCUCUCUACAUCUUCCGAAUCGAUGUCAAGAACCUCAGCAUCAGCCCUGCCGAUGUUGGCAACAUUAUCGAUAACCUCGACCUCAAGGACUUCAAGCUGGAUACCCGCGAUGCGCCUGUUAUUGAGGAGCGUGCCGACAAGAUCAAGGAUAACAUUACCGCUGAGCUGCUCGGUCUCGACAAGUACUACGACAUCAACCUCUGGGGUUUCUGUAAGACCGACUCAGAUGGCAAGCGAAAGUGCGAGAAGCCCGAGUUUGACUGGGCCAACAAGAAGUUGAACACCUCUUAUCUCAUUGGUGCCGACAAGAAUGUCCAGAUUGAACUUCCUGAUGAGAUUCAGGAUGCUCUCAAGGCCUUCAAGACUGUCACCAAGUGGACACAGGUCGUCUACAUUGCCGCCUUCAUCGCUCUCGCUGCUGAGAUUAUUCUCGGCAUCUUCUCCAACUGCUCUCGCAUCUUCUCCUGCUUGACAUGGAUCGUCGCUGGUAUUGCCUCCACUCUCGUUAUCGCCGCUGUCGUACUCUCUGGUGUCUUUGCUGGUACAGUCGUUGGUGCUGUCGAGGGCACAGCCAAGUUCUACGGUGUCAAGGGUAAUAUCAACGGUCGAUUCUUCGCCUGUGUCUCUAUCGCAGCCGCCUUCGCCAUCGCUGCCGGUCUCUUCUGGAUGUUCACCAUCUGCUGCUGCAAGCCUGAGAGCCGAAGUCGCGACAAGAAGAACCGCCGAUCCGAUGGCGAGAAGCUCCUCGGUGGUGCCACCAACAAGCACGGCUCUUACGCUCCUCUCGGUGACGACCACGAGAUGCAGACCGGCUACUACAACCACAACCAGUCCCAGUCUCAGUAUGGUGCUCCUCGCUACCCCAGCGGUACUGCCCGUUCUGACCUCGCCUACGAGCCUUACUCUCAUCGCGCUUAAACCGCUACGAGUAACUCGAUGACAUGAUUCCUAAAGUCUAUUUGACAUCUGAUGAUGAUUGCAUUAAUGGCGUUUGGGUUUGAUUUUGGUAUUCGGGAUCGAAUGACAGGGUAAUGUUUGCUAUAGCACUCACGCCGUCAUGAAAGAGGUUUGGUUAUGUUAUGGAUUUGCAAAGGAAGUUGGUGGAUAUUGGCGACGGGAAGAUGCCGGAUGGCAUGAUACCCAAAGGUCUUCUUUUUGAAAUUAUUGGGCAAUGAAUGAACAUACAUAGCUAUCCUAUAUGUUCGCCCUCAAAGCAUAAAAAUAUACACAAUGCAUUUACUAUUUUGUCCGA